AUGAGUAUUGAUGAUAAAGUGAAUGAAGCUUGGGAACGAGCCAAACAAUUGUACGAGACUAAGCCGAGUGAAAGACAAAGAGCUACUUUUGAAUUUGAUAUUCCUGAAGGUUUGAAAGAGGUCAUCGAAAAUAAUGAGAAGAAGGAAGAAUUGAAUGAGGAAUUGAAACAAGUCAUAAUGCAGGCAUUUUGGGUUGGUUAUUAUAAGGGAUUUGAUGUGAGUAGUUUCGAUAGGUGA